GCCAAUUUGUCACUACCAAUUCCAACUUUACCCAUUUUUCAAUCUCCGCACAAAAAGUUGUUCAUCUCCGUCUCAGUAAUUCAGUAUAUCUUCCUCUCUCUACUGUGUAUGCAUAGUGUACACUUAUCUCCUUUCUCUCUCCUCUCCCUAAACUGAAAAAUCUGCGAGAUUUGGUGCUGGGGAAUUGGACAAAUCAGUGCACAGAGCUCACACAUAUCAAGAGACAAAGAGCUCACAUAUUUCGGCAGACUUCUUCGAAAACUGAGGCGCCUUUACCAUAUUUGUUGGGUUUGAGGGUUUCCAGCUUCUGGGUUUUGAGCACGGCCUAUAAUGCGGCGGGUUUUGAGGCUUUUGCCGAUCAGGAGAGCGGCGGCGAUUUGAUUCAAUUGAGGUUGUUCGGCGUUUAAUGGAGUUGAGGGUUCGAUGUAACCGAUGCGCCGGCGAGGUUUCUUCACUCCUGAGAUUUGAACUCAAUCUUGCUGUCAUUUGCUUCAAGAUAUUAUUGGUGUUGCUUCUAUUGGAAGCUGAUUUUGCAACAACUGAAGGAUUACAAUCUCAAAGGCGAGUAAUUGAUACGGACAAAGAGAACAUACUAUCACAUUCUUGCAUUCACGAUCAAAUCCUCGAACAAAGGAAGAGACCUGGUCAUAAGGUUUAUUCCGUGUCUGCUCAAGUCUAUGUUGAGCCUGAUUUAUCCAAGUCCCUAAAGAGAAAGGGACGUGGGCUGCUCGGUGUUUCUGAAUUGCCAUUGCCGCAUACUGAUGCGAAGCAACCCAUUAGAAUCUACUUAAAUUAUGAUGCUGUUGGUCAUUCUUCUGAUAGAGACUGCCGGAAUGUGGGGGACAUUGUAAAGUUGGGAGAACCAGCUGGAGCCUCUUACUCUGGUGCACCUUCUUGUAACCCUCAAGCGGAUCCUCCUAUUUAUGGUGACUGUUGGUAUAAUUGUACACUAGAUGACAUAGCUGAGGAGGACAAGAAACUUCGUCUUCGCAAGGCUCUUGGGCAAACAGCAGAUUGGUUCAGAAGAGCGCUCGCUGUUGAGCCUGUAAGGGGGAAUUUGCGGCUGAGUGGAUACUCUGCUUGUGGUCAAGACGGAGGUGUGCAACUUCCCAGGGAAUAUGUGGAAGAAGGCGUAGCUGAUGCAGAUUUAGUUCUCUUGGUUACUACAAGACCGACAACUGGGAACACUCUUGCUUGGGCUGUUGCAUGUGAACGGGAUCAAUGGGGUCGUGCUAUUGCUGGGCAUGUGAAUGUUGCACCUCGUCACUUGACUGCUGAAGCGGAAUCAUUACUUUCUGCCACCCUAAUCCACGAGGUUAUGCAUGUUCUUGGAUUCGAUCCUCAUGCCUUUGCUCACUUUCGAGAUGAGAGGAAAAGAAGGCGUAUUCAGGUAACAGAACAAGCUAUGGAUGAAAAACUAGGACGGAUGGUAACAAGAGUGGUGCUUCCUCGAGUUAUCAUGCACUCUCGCUAUCAUUACGGGGCUUUCUCUGAGAACUUUACUGGUUUGGAGCUUGAAGAUGGCGGUGGGCGCGGCACAUCAGGAUCUCAUUGGGAGAAAAGACUUCUAAUGAAUGAGAUUAUGACGGGCUCAGUUGAUACAAGAUCAGUUGUUUCUAAGAUGACGCUUGCUUUACUGGAGGACAGUGGGUGGUAUCAGGCUAAUUACAGCAUGGCAGACCAUCUUGACUGGGGCCACAACCAGGGAACUGAGUUUGUUACAUUGCCCUGCAACCAUUGGAAGGGUGCAUAUCGUUGCAAUUCAACACAGCUUUCUGGAUGUACAUAUAAUAGGGAGGCAGAAGGUUAUUGUCCUAUUAUAAACUACAGUCGUGAUCUUCCGCAGUGGGCUCGCUACUUUUCACAAGCUAAUAAAGGAGGCCAGUCAUCAUUGGCUGAUUAUUGUACAUAUUAUGUGGCAUAUUCUGACGGUUCAUGUACGGAUACUAACAGUGCUAGGGCACCUGACAGUAUGUUGGGUGAAGUGCGGGGAAGUAAUUCAAGAUGCAUGGCCUCAAAUUUGGUGCGUAGUGGGUUUGUUAGAGGGUCUGCUACGCAGGGAAACGGUUGUUAUCAGCACAGAUGUUUAAACAACUCACUUGAGGUUGCGGUAGAUGGACUUUGGAAAGUAUGUCCUCAAGCUGGUGGACCCAUUAAAUUUUCAGGCUUUAAUGGUGAGCUGAUCUGCCCUGCCUAUCAUGAACUCUGCAAUGUAGAUCCUGCCCCUGUAUCUGGUCAAUGUCCCAAUGCCUGUUAUUUUAAUGGUGAUUGCAUUGAUGGAAGAUGCCAGUGCUUUCUAGGGUUUGAGGGCCAUGAUUGUAGCCAGCGAUCUUGCCCUAACAAUUGUGGGGGUCAUGGUGAAUGCCUUAGGGAAGGAGUCUGUAAUUGUAAACCCGGUUACACUGGAACUGACUGCUCGACAGCCACAUGUGAUGAACAGUGCAGUCUUCACGGCGGUGUCUGUGACAAUGGUGUCUGUGAGUUUCGUUGCUCCGACUAUGCUGGCUACACAUGCCAGAACAGUUCAGCGCUUCUCCCAAGUCUGUCAGUGUGCAAAUCUGUCCUUGAGAACGAUAUGUCGGGGCAACAUUGUGCACCUAGUGAGUUAAGCAUCCUACAACAGCUUGAAGAAGUUGUGGUGAUGCCCAACUACCAUCGCCUUUUUCCUGGUGGCCCGCGGAAGUUUCUAAAUUAUAUAAGAGGCAGAGACUGCGAUGGAGCAGCCAAACGAUUAGCCUGCUGGAUAUCUAUUCAGAAAUGUGAUGGGAACGGAGACAACCGGCUACGAGUAUGCCACUCAGCAUGCCAGUCGUAUAACUUAGCGUGCGGGGCAUCACUGGAUUGCUCGGACCAGACGCUAUUUAGCAACGAACAAGAGGGAGAAGGUUUGUGCACAGGGUGGGGAGAGCUGAGUUCUUGGUUAUGAUAGCAUUCCCAUAAGGGAGUAUGUAAAUUGUAGGAAGCUUUAGGUAUCAAAUCAAUAUUUUCUUGAAUUCAAUCUUGCUUAGUUUAGAGCUCCAUUUUCCACCCAAAAAAAAACGAUUGGGAGGGAUUCAUAUUUAAGUUUUCGGCUUUCGAAGAAGAAAGUCCAUCUCUGAUUCAUGUAAAGAGUGAAAUUGCAAAGAGAGAGAUAGAGAGAGCAAAAUGUAUCUCGGCUCAAGGCUUUUGUGAAAUGUAUAAGUCUCAUUUCGUGGUCUU